GCACGGUGGGCUGGCCAUAGGCCAUGAUCCAAAAAAAUACAUGUGGUAGUUUUAAAUUUCUAAUGGCUGUUUCUAAUUUGCCGAUAAACGUACUUUAAUUAGGUAUAAAUAGUUCCUGUAUAAGUAAUUACCUUCAUUCUAUAACGAACCUAGAAAGUGAACACAACUCCCGUUUGUACGCGCUCCCUUAUCAGAGACUCAUUAAGUGAUCGGUGAUUAGUGGUGCAUUCCUGACUAAGUAGUGAUUUUAGUGACUAUUAUUAAUAUGGAGCUUAAAGAAUCAGGUGAUAUGUACGUCGGAUCUUUUACAAGGGGAUUCGUAUUUGAACUAUGGCUCUCUACUAGUGGUUCAGAUACAGAAAGACGUCGUCAAGUGCUACAACAACUAAUAGGAAUGGUGCCAGAAGUAGAAAAUGUGGAUACAAGUAAUUUGGAUAACAUCAUAAGGUACAUUUGUAGUCGACUUGUAAUUCAUUGGAAAUCUUGUUCGCGAACUAAGUGUCUAGUUCUUAGGAAACAUUCGGACUGGUUAAAUGAGAAACAAAAUGUUAAUUUGCCAAAAAAUAAUAAGGUGACUGAGAAGACUUUAAUUAUUGAAUCGGGACAAUCAUCAUCAUCGCGCGUUUCGGAACCCUCUACUUCAGCUCGACGGCCAAUAAAGGACUUUUCGGCUUGUAGUAAACGGUCAAAACGCAGAAGGUUAGCAGCACUAGCAUCCUUGGAUUCAUCAGCAGUCAACGAACUGAGAAAUAAAGCUAAAUUAGAGACCAAUGCUAAUGAAGUCAAUCCUGACGAUCUGCUAUCUCUUCUCACAGAAGCUAAACUAACAAAACAUCAAUAUUUGUUAAUACGUGCUUUUAUAAAUUCUCGGGCUAAUCCUGUUUUACCUUCGUAUGGUAAGGUAACUGAUGCGAAGAAAAAGUGUUACCCAGAAAAUAUUAAAGUUACCGAAUCCACAGCUGAGGUGGAGUUACAAAGCUUGCUGGAUCAUACAGCUACGCGUAUAGUCGAAUUUCAAAAGGAACUGAUAACAGCGAUACCUGAAGAAUCCAUGGGUGAUGUGACUUUAAUAGGAAAGUGGGGCUUUGAUGGUAGCACUGGUCAUAGCGAGUACAAACAAAAAUUUAGAGUAUAA